UUGGACGAAGAAGAAGAAGCAGCAGAAUACCAGAACGACCUAGCUCGUGCAUACCAGUCGGUCUUCGUUUGAGAACUUGACUCAAUAGUCUCCCUGCCUCCCCUCAACCACAGGUCAACUCCGAGAACAACGUCAGAAUGGGUGAAUCCGAAAUGAGCGUGAUGGGUUCCCAGAUGCAGAGUGGCAUAGAGAGUAGUGCUAUGUCCUCCAUCGGUGGGACGAGUACUGGUACAGCCGGUGGCGAAGAAGAACAGCGCAAGAAGAAAGUGAUGUUCAUUGCGGCUGCGGUGUGUGCGUUGCUGUUCGUUUGCGGGCUGAUCCUCUUCAUUGUCACGCAGAGCGGGGAGGACACGUCUUACCAAAGUGGAAAGGGAGACGGUUCUGGCAGUGACGACGAGAUAUAUGAUUUUCCGGCAUCGGGAUCUGCUCCACCAUCCGAUUCGGGUUCUCAACCAGCAAAUGACGCAAACAAUCCUGGUGACACAGCGACAACGGCUACAACUACAACUACUACGACGACGACGACAACUACGACGACGACGACGACCACGACCCCACACCCCAACUUUCAACCGUUGCUGUGCACGGUGGGGAGCUACGCGAUCCAUCCGAUGCUGUUCCCGGACAAAGAUCUCUGCGACAUCCUUUUCUUCACGCACGUCUACUGGAACACUGAGUCGUUUGUGCCUUCGUACGGCAGCAACGUCUCCUACAAGAAUUUCUUGAAUCACAUAAAGACCCGAGAGCACAGCGGCGUCUCGUUCGACUUCAGGUACGUCAAGCCUACCCACAUCACUACAACGAAUUUGCGUGUGCUGUACGGUAGCAAGAUCAGGCAUUUCGGCGUGCUCAAUGUAGAUAUUGAGGCUUCCGCCAGCAGAACUGCUUAUAAUGCGAAGAAUUUGUUGGAGAACAUACAGAUUAAACUGCAGACGGACAAAGGUUACGGGCAGACAUCUCGUGGUACAGCAAACCCGAUGUACCUGGUAGUGGCCUUCAAGUUGCUCUCCUACAACUCGGACACGGACAGGAGGAAUUUUGCCCUCGCCAUCAAGAGCUUUGCUGAAUCCACGUCCAUAAACUACAUUGUCAUCAACACCGCAAUCAACACCUGGGCCAAGAGUUGCAAGAUAUCUCCACCAACUGUGUGGACCGACGAGAAGAAGACCUACCAGCCGGCAUUUGACACCUCAAUUAGUGACUUGCUUUCGGAAGCACCUGAUUGGGAUGACAACAAGGCCGUCCUUCUGGCUUUCACCCUCGGCGUGACCGCCUAUUACAAGGGUAAUACCGAUAUGACAGCGCCCGUCUUUAAGGACUGCCAGACGCCAUGGAUGGUACCCUACCGGCAGGUGUGCGAGGGAAAUCUGCAGAGUAAAACACCAUCGGUUCAUUCGGGCUCGAAAAGCCAUUUCGCCAGCUACGAUAAAAACAUUUUCCUCUGGGACACUCUGGAGGACGUAAUGCACAAGAUGAAUCAAGCGAUUGACACGUACAAGAGACCGCACUUGGGAUUCAUCUUCUUUGACGCUGAGUUCUCGGACAUGAAGGGGGGAGAUGCAUGCAUAAAGGGUCACGGCACAUUUCCCCGUCUUCGUGCUGCCAGGGCGAGGAUGGAUGCGUUCCACAAGGAAAAGGAUCCACUCGAAGCGCAGACUCAGAACGGUUGACGGAACUGGCUUUAUUAAAGUGCUUAUUAUACUGAU